CGGCGGCGGCUCUACUCCGCUGCCCCGCGGCGGCUGUUGCUGCUCCUGCGGCUUCUGCUGCUGCGGCCGCUCGGCCUCAGGCAGCUGCCUCUGUGGUCGGGCCGGGUCCCCGCCCCGCGCCCCGCCCGGCCCAGCCAUGGUGUCCUGGAUCAUCUCUCGCUUGGUGGUGCUCGUCUUUGGCACUCUGUACCCAGCCUAUUCUUCAUACAAGGCCGUGAAGACAAAAAACGUGAAGGAAUAUGUGAAAUGGAUGAUGUACUGGAUCGUCUUUGCUUUCUUUACCACGGCUGAGACCCUCACAGAUAUCGUGCUCUCUUGGUUCCCCUUCUACUUUGAGCUGAAGAUCGCCUUUGUGAUAUGGCUGCUGUCCCCGUAUACCAAGGGCUCCAGUGUGCUCUACCGCAAGUUCGUGCACCCGACACUGUCCAACAAGGAGAAGGAGAUCGACGAGUACAUCACGCAGGCCAGAGACAAGAGCUACGAGACAAUGAUGAGGGUGGGCAAGAGGGGUCUGAACCUGGCCGCCAACGCGGCAGUCACGGCUGCAGCAAAGGGCCAGGGCGUAUUGUCAGAGAAACUCCGGAGCUUCAGCAUGCAGGACCUGACCCUGAUCCGUGACGAAGACUCCAUGAACCUGCAGGGACCCGAUGGCCGCCUCCGACCGCCCCCCAGUAGCCUCCUGGACACCAUUGAGGACCUCGGAGAUGACCCGGCCGUGAGUUUAAGGACUAGCACCAGCCAGGCAGAGUCCCGGACAGAGACAUCUGAGGAUGACAUGGGAGACAAGGCCCCUAAGAAAGUCAAACCCAUCAAAAAAAUGCCCAAAGCUGAGCCACUGGCGUCCAAGACACUGAAAACCCGGCCUAAGAAGAAGACCUCUGGCGGGGGCGACUCAGCUUGAGGUCCCAUGUGUCCGUCCCCCCCAAUCCCCAAUCUGCAGAGUGAGCAGGAUGCCUCAGCCCCAGCCCUUGCUCCACACUGUGUUGGUUGGUAGCCCAGACAUCUCAGGUCCCAGGGCCCCUCUGCCGGUUGUUUUCCAGUGCCUGCCCAAUGGCCACUCCUCUGGAAGGGCUUGGAGAAAAGGAGGGGGCCCUGCUGUGGGGGUGAGGGUACAGGCUGGAGCAGGAGCUGAGACUGAGCCACCCGUGGAGGUGGGGGCUCCUCAGAGCCUGUCCCACUACUCCUGCUCCAGCCUUGUCCCCACCCACCCAGUGCCUUGCUGAAGACCAUGGCCAUCCGCUUCUCUGAGGUCUGAACAUGCCCCCAUUUUUCCUCCCUGGGUUGAAGGGCAGGAGGCCAUCACAGCACAGAUGUGCCCUGAAGGCACAUGGGAGAGAGGGAGUGAGUGUGGAAGGCCUCAGGGAACUGGGCAGGCAGGGGCUCUUGGCCACAGCUGUGUGUGAAGUGUGGGGGCUGAGUGUGGUUUCACUGACCAGGAUGGUCAGGCUGAGCUGCAGCUGGAAACAGUGGGUAGGGGAAGGUGGGGUACUGGGUGUGGGUGCGUGUGUGUAUGCGCGUGUGUGUGUGUGUGCGCGUGUGUGUGUGUGUGUGUUUCUAGGUCUGGGGCUGAACAUUUUUGAGGUAAGAGACUUUCCCUACAGCAGUAACCUCCCCUAUCCUCAGCCUUACUUCCUCCCUCUCAGCCCUGGUUCCUAGUCUCUGAACACAAGAGGCCCCUACACCAUGAGAAAAUGGGGCUGUGAGGGGCCUCUUACCUCCACCUCUGUGUCCUCAUUCCCCACUUUUGCCUCACCCCAUUCCUCCUGAUCUCCUCCAUACCUCAGAGCUGCUGUAGAGGCCAGCUGCUCUCCUCUUCACCUGGGGGCCUGUGCUCCCCACCAGAACCUCUUCCUGUGCCAAGCGACUGGGCCUCAUGUGAGCAGACCCCUGUCAGAGCCCAGCUUCUGCCCCACAUCCUGUCCCAGCUUCUGCUGCAGCUUCAGCCAGGGCUUGGAGGAAUGUUUGAAGAAGAAAAUGAAAUUCAGGAGCCCAGGGGCCCCUAAUUCUAUGGACAAGGUCCUGCUGGACCUUUGGCACUGGAUGAGCCAAUAAACCACACUCUGGCACCUCA